UCUUGCAAUACAGUUGUAUUUCGUCAUUACCCGCAGUAGUAACUGGAACUGGGUGCACGCCUUGUUCAUUACCUCCAACUGUAAGAAGAAGAUGCUGUGGUCCAUUUGUCUCGUUAUUCUGGUGGCCACAGCGAGCGGCCAAGAGUCGGGCUUUCCUUGCGAGGGUCGGGCUGACGGCGUGUUUGCGGACCUGGAGGACUGCACGGUGUACCACCUGUGUCACGGCGGGCGGGACUACCAGAUCCGCUGUCCGGACGGCUACUUCUGGAACGACGAUGCCCACUCCUGUAGACUGGCGGACAUCGCGCAGUGCUGCUCCGGCCAGGGCGUGUGCGAGGCGACGUCAUACGCGGAAGACGUGACGCUUCUGGCGGGCAGGGUGCAGACUCUGGAGUCCGACUCAACGGACGUGCAGGGACAGGUCAGCAGUCUGACCACCGAGAAUACCGCUCUUCGGACACAGCUAACGUCACUGAAGGACAGGACCAACAAUCUGACCGUUGAGAACGUCGCACUCCGGACAGAGCUGACCUCACAACAGGGACAGGUUAGCAGUCUGACCGCUGAUAACGCCGCACUCCGGACACAGGUGACGUCACUUCAGGUGACAGCGGCGGACCUACAGGGCCAACUCGACAACAUCUCAGUGCCGAUCGUUUCAAGGACGACCAUCAGUGCCAAAGUUGUCUCUGCUGGAUAUGACGACCCCGGCUACCUGGGCGGAAGGGGUGAGGUCUGGGUGGAUGGAGUGCAGUAUGCCAUGAACGGCCGUGGGUACAACUUGGUGACCGUGAACGAACGGACAGGACAGAUGGAGGAUUCCGUACGGUUUGACACUUACGGCGACCCAGCAGCCGGAGUGUCGCUGCGGGACUUCCUGCGCGGGCUUCCAAAUGGCCGUAUUGUGCUGAUCGCCGUGCAUGAUGAGGGGAGUAGGUACUCUGGUGACGCCAUGGCAGAACUCAACUCCCUGGGAGCCUUCUCACCAGAUAUAGCCCACCGCACGUCCUGGGCCAUGAUCAGUAAGAAGGGCAGUAAAACGUCCUGGUUUGUGGAGGACGAGCGGGACCGCUAUGCCGGGCCGACUGUCAUCGAGGCAGAGAUCCCGCUGUCUAUCUGAACGACGGCUCAGAACCAGGCGCAAUCAUGGAAUAAAUUUUGAAACCAUCCGA